CUUAGCUUUUUUUUCAGUCUUCCCCUUAUUUUCCUCAAGCCUUAUUGUUAAACUAUGCUAUUCACGCAACCCCAAUUGCGAUGUUGUGUAGUACGAGUAAUGAUCACUUCUAUGUACCUUAUUUGUUCCUUUAGUCAUUUUUCACCUUUUUAUAUCAUAGGGUUUGCUUAUCUAACUUCCUUAGGAUUAUCAAAUGCUUAGAAUGAAAUGUUUUGAAGAUUCCAAUCAGCUAAGUCGUUUCAUCAGUACAUAAUAAUAUUUUAAAAAAAAAAUUGGUGGUCAUUGGCAUUGAAGACUAAGUCCUGGACCUCUGGUGCAGUGGGAUGCAUCAAAUGUAUCUUGCUUUUACUAAGGUUUAGUCCCUGAAUUGUCCGUAUUAGAGAUGAUUUUGUUCUAUUUUUCUUGACUCUUAGCCCGUGAGAUUAAACUCAUUUUAUGAAUAAUGCUUGAUAAAUAGAAGAAAGAAUAUAAAUCUAACUGAUGUUUGCUUCUGUAAGUCUUUGAGUUUCUUUGCUUUGCACUCUGUAUUUGUUUUAUGUUGUUUAUGAAAUCGCUUGCUCCGUUUACAAAAAGAAAAAAACAAAUUAGACACAGCUUAUAAGAAAAUAUAAUUUAAUGGAUAAAAUAAAUUCCAGUUUACAAAUAAUUUUCUGCAAAUAUAAAUACAAUUUAAACGAUGGUUGAAGUCACUGUUUCGAAUGAUGCUGUGAAAUUUCAUUAGUAGCUUUGUUCUUGGAGAAUUUUGGCAGCUAAUGAAGUCACAUCUUAACAAUGAAUAUUUAACUCCAUAGAAAACACUGCGUUUUACCCGUUCAACACAUAUCUACUUGUGUAGUACUGAAUUGUAAAAGGUUUGCAUUGUACCUUCCACCAUGAUUUGUCUAUAAUAACACUUAACCACAACGGAAAAUUCGAGAAUUUACAUAGGGAAGUUUCCUACAAUCUUCUUAUCGAUCUGUCUAUAAAUGCAUUCAAGUAUAUGCGUGUUGAAAACCAAAUGCAAUUUUGUGUGUCAUUAGUUGAGUUCUGUUAAGGGGGCCUAAUGCGGAUUUUCCCAGAAUGUAGGUUUAAACUGUGGAAUGAUUGGGAGCUACGUUUCUUGGUGCCACUCAGUCUUUCCUUGCAAAUUAUCCUCAUUGUGUUUGGUAAUAGGAGAAAAUAUAUAGCAAGAAACUGGAUCAGAUUUAUUCUUUGGUUGGCCUACUUAUCAGCUGACUAUGUUGCAACUGUCUCACUUAGCAUCCUUGCCAGUAAUCAGGGUGAUUUAGAUGAUGGUUCCCUUGAAAAUGCUAUAAUGUCGGCUUGGGCACCAUUUCGUAUCUUGCACCUUGGGGGCCCUGACACCAUAACUGCAUAUUCCUUGGAAGACAACGAGUUAUGGCUUAGGCACUUUCUUGGUCUUGUUGCCCAAGUUGGGGUGGCAUUUUAUGUCUUUGUAAGAUCCUUGACACCAAUGAAGCUCAACUUCAUAUCUAGUCCAAUGUUUAUUGCUGGAAAUGUCAAGUUUGGCGAAAGGACUUGGGCUCUCACGUGUGCAAUCAGUCAGCACUUCAGGGAGUCACUUCUCCCACUCCCAGAGCCAGGUCCCAACUAUGCCAAAUAUAUGGAGGAAUGCAAGUUGAAGGAAAGGGAAGGAUUUAAGUUAUCGUGUACUGCAAUGCAAGCAUUUACAAUUGUCCCACAUACCAACACUUUUCAGGGAGCUUUCAUGAUCUUGAAAAGAGCAAGUCCUACUUUCAGAGGUAUCCUUGCAAAGAGGCUUUCAAAGUGAUUGAAGUUGAGCUUGGAUUUGUAUAUGAUGAACUCUACAAAAAGGCAAGAAUAGUUUACUCCAAGUGGGGUGUGUUUCUUCGCGCCGUGAGUUUAUCUUCUUCCAUUAUUGCCUUAGCAACUUUCAGCAUGAUUGACAGGCAGGGAUUUAAAACUUUUGACAUGUGUAUAACAUUUUUGUUGCUCAUUGGAUCUAUUUUCCUUGAGAUUUAUGCAAUCCUUGUGCUGCUUUCACGGACUGGGCAAUGCUUUGGCUGAGCAAACGAGAGAAAUUUCCAGUGAAUCAGAUUAUAAAGCCAUAUCUUCUUUCAAAUUUAUAACUAGCAUGAACAGAUGGUCAAAUUACAUGGAACAGUAUAGUUUGGUUCUUGCUUCAAAGGCGAACCUGUUGAUUGCCAUGGAGUCCAAAGGCGUGGCUGGAUUCACAAACAU